GCUGCGGCCAGGGCAGAUCGCUGCUCUUCCACUCGCCCAUUCCCCAACGCCACCUUCUGCGGAGUAGCUUGUCCUCUUCGCCCGAGGCCGAGGCGACGCACAUGGCGCUGCCCACUUCUCGUCGCCCUCUCCGCUUCUUCUUCGCCGUCGUCGUCGUGCUGGUGCUGCUCGGUUCGGUGGCUUCCUCGGCGGCGGCCGUGCUGCACGAGCGCGACGCAGCGGCGCUCAGGGACAUCCGGGCGGGGCUGCGGGACCUGCCGGGGUCGCGGUUCUUCGAGUCGUGGGACGACGCGACCAACCCGUGCGACUACGCCGGCGUCGUGUGCGAGCCCGAGGAUACCGGCUCGGACGCGCUCCGCGUGUCCGUGCUCACGCUGGGCACCGGCCUCGCCGACUCUCCCGGCCUGGCCGGGACGCUCCCGGCCUCGCUCGCCAGCCUCACCGCUCUCACUGACCUCGUCCUCUACCCGGGACGGGUCUCUGGUGCUAUUCCGGCGGACAUUGGGUCGGGCCUCCGGCGCCUCAGGCUUCUGUCCAUGUCCGGCAACCAGCUGACCGGGCAGAUACCCGAGUCCCUCGCCGGGCUGCCGGAUCUACACACGCUCGACCUCGGCAACAACCGCUUGGACGGCUCCAUACCCUGCGGCUUGCUGCUGCCGUCUUCGCCGAGCCUCAAGGUGCUCAUCCUGGCGAACAAUGGCGGCCUCUCCGGACAGAUACCCGACCAAUUUUCUGGCUCACAGCUUUUCCACGUCGACCUGAGCCGGAAUUCCAUCACCGGCACGCUCCCACCGCUGCCGCAGACAGUCCGUUACUUCUCCGUCGCCGGGAACUCAAUGCAGGGGAGCCUCGACGAUGCAUUCGGCAACGGUUCGGCUCCGACCGACUUGGCCUUCCUCGACCUCUCCAUGAACAACUUCUCGGGCUCAAUACCGCGGGGGGUGUUCGCGCUCCCGAGCGCCUCGUCGCUUCUCCUGUCCCGCAACAGCUUCACCGGGCCUCUCACGGUGCCGGCCUUCGCGUCGGAGCGCGCCGCGACGCCGCCGUGGUCCGUGGUGGACGUCAGCCACAACGGCAUCACGGGGGCGGUGCCGGAGGAUCUAGCGGCCGUGGAGAGCCUGUACGUGAACAACAACCGGAUGUCCGGCGAGGUGCCGGAGGCGGUGGCCCGCAGCGUGUUCGCCGGCCGCAUGACGACCUUCUACGCGCAGCACAACUUCCUGACGGGCUUCCCGGUGCCGCCGCUGCCGCUGCCGGACUCCGCGGCGCUGUGCCUCUCCUACAACUGCAUGGAGCUGCCGUCGGCUUCCGCCGCCGACGGGUGCCCCACCAUCGGCGGCCCCCUGGAGUCGAGGCCCGCUGACCAGUGCCGGAGCAGCGCCGCAGCCGACGCAGGCAGCAGCGGAGGGGACGGCUGAGCGGAGUCGCCGACAUUCCUGUAGGCUGACAGGUGGGGCCCCAGCCUGGUUCAGCUCGGCGGCACGGGUGUGUGAUCUUGGGGAGGGAGGGACAGCCAGAAUAGCUAGCCUGGCUCAGGCUCACACAAUUUUCGUUUUGUCCGUUUGUUUCGGUUGCGGUUUUCAUGUGAUUGGGUUUGAAUUCAUCGCGCCUUGUCGUCGGGCGCGCAACGGUCACAGCGCUACAAGCUUGGCGUGGCCUUGUGCGUGUGUGCAUUUAAACAAACUGUGUUCAUACUCUACGGGUAUACUCCCUCUGUCCCCAUCCAAAAAAUAAUAAUCAAACUUUAUACAGAUUCAUUCUCUAUUUGUUUUCUGGACUGGGAAAGUACCAGCUCAUCUAAAUGUGAGGAU